AUGGACCCUCAGCCUCCUCGCCCCUUGAAGCGAAAGUCUCGCUCGCCGCCAUCUCCCUCUGUUGAUCGCGGCUCUCGAGUACCCCCACCACCAGGCGCAGCGAACGCGCCACAGGCUGCUCACACAUCACUCCCGUCCAUUCACUCGCUCUACCUGGGAGCGUCACAAGCCGUACCCCCACCGACAUAUCCUGAUGAGCGGCACGCAUACCCACAUGCCACGGUGUCCAUGCCUCUGCCGUCAGUCGUGCCUAUCGCCGGCAGCUCGCAUAGCCAUUCAGAUUCCGGCUUGGGCAUCGACCCGUACGCCACUCACGCAGCCGCUGAUUCGGACCUGGACGAGGGAGAGCAGGGGAAUCGGCCUAAGCAGAAACGCAGACGGCAAGCGCUGAGCUGCACAGAGUGCAAACGACGUAAGAUAAAGUGUGAUAGAGCACAUCCCUGUGGUCCAUGCACCCGGCGCGGCGAUCAAGCCAAAUGUCAAUGGCAUGUCAUCGAGCCCGUUGACAAGUAUGUGAGUAGGAGCGAGUUCGAAGACCUCAAGGCCCGCUUCGAUCGACUGGAGGCUGUGGUAGAGCGCAUGCAGGGCAACAUAAACGCCGCAGGAGCCGCGCCGGGAGAGAUGCCUACCGGAAGUAACGCUGCUAUCUUUGCGCCGCAGCUCGCGGAUCGUGGCGCGUACCCUCCGGCGGCAUUUGGUCAGCCCAUAGCGGGACCGUCACACCGUACGGAUCCUGAAUCUGCUUAUGCCGCCUCCGAAGCCUAUAGAAAUCCGACCCAAUCUCCGAUUGCGAGCUCUUACCCCGCGCCUUACCCUUUCCGCGCGCAGCAACAACGUGCUCCGUCACCUGCACCACCACCUGUCCUUCCACCACCAUCUGAACAAGGCGGUUCUCCUGGCUACAUAACGGCUAGGAGACCCUCCGGAUCUGAGGUGCAUUACGCGGGACGAGUGCCUGGGCGGUCACCUCCUAUGGCUGACUCCCACCCAAUCUCGGCGCCGAGGCGUCAGAACACUCUUCGCAAACGCCCGGUGAUGUGCGCUCAUCUCGGCGCGCGAGUACUGCCAGUAUAA